AUGAGUGACAGGAAUCUGGAGCAGCGGAUGAACAUCAAACUCUGCGUGAAAAUGGGAAAAAGCGCGAGUGAGACUUUAGUUCUCUUAAAAGAGGCUUAUGGUGAACAUUCCAUGAAGAAGUCGAGUGUUUUUGAAUGGCAUAAGCGGUUUAAGGAGGGGCGGGAAGAUGUCCACGACGACGCAAGAAGCGGGCAGCCAAAAACGCAAAGGACGGACGCAAAUGUGGACAGAGUGCGAGCCCUGGUACAAUCAGAUCGAAGGAUGAGCGUGCGCGAUGAUGGCAGAAGAAUUGAACAUGAACAGGGAAACCGUGCGGCAGAUUCUGACAGAGGACUUGAGGAUGGGAAAGCUCUCCGCAGAGAUGGUGCCUCCAAUCUUGUCAGAAGAUCAGAAGGAACGUCGUCUUCAGAUUUCAUCCCCAUCUUCUGA